GAAGUGACGUAGCCACAGGCCGGUCUGCCAUUCAAAAAUAAUGGCCGACACCAAAUGUUGUUUUUUUACUUAAUAUAGCUAUUUAGAUGUUUUACAGAUAACUAUGUAAUACGGUUUCAUUGUGCAUAUAUAGAUGGUUUAAAAUCGGUUCGUCUUAAGAAGAAAACCGGUUCUAAAUUCUGCUUUUGCUGCUAAAAUGAGCGAUGUUGUGGAGAAGACGCUGACAGCUCUGCCAAGCCUCCUCUCUUUAGACUCUCAGCCUGGCUCAGCGAAACUAUCCACCAACUCCAAGCUAGGAAGCCUCAUUAGAGGAAUUACUGAACUAACAUCUAAACAUUGUUUGAACUUGGAGAUCUGACUGAGCUGUCACCUGUUUACAGAGCCACAGUCAUGAGAAUCUCUGUUCGUUAUCCUAAAAUUUACUCAGGAGGAGGAGAAACUAAUUCAGCGUGAGCUAUCAUCAAUUAAAGAGCAGGUGUCCUCCCCCAACACCACCAUGAGGCAGAUGAAGGAGCUCAUGGUGAGAACCAUCUACUGUGAGAUGUUGGGCUACGAGGCAACGUUCAGUUAUAUUCAUGCCAUUAAACUGGCCCAGCAAGGGAAUGUCCUGGAGAAGAGAGUUGGUUAUCUUGCUGUUUCCUUGUUUUUGAAUGAAAGCCACGAGUUGCUGCUUCUCCUGGUAAACACAGUGCUAAAGGAUCUCCAGAGUACAAACCUGAUUGAAGUGUGCAUGGCUCUCACUGUUGUCAGCCAGAUGUUCCCUAAAGACAUGAUUCCUGCCAUUCUUCCUCUGGUGGAGGAAAAGCUCAACCACUCCAAGGAAAUCAUUCGACGAAAAGCCGUCCUGGCGUUGUAUAAAUUCUACCUGAUUGCCCCAAAUCAAGUUCAGCACAUUCACAACAGGUUUCGUAAAGCGCUGUGUGACAAAGACCCCGGUGUGAUGUCGGCUUCUUUACACAUCUACCUACAGCUGAUUCAGGAGAAUCCAGAAAGUUACAAGGACCUCACCGCAAGUUUUGUCACAAUCCUCAAGCAAGUGGUGGCCGGAAAACUUCCCAUGGAUUUCAACUAUCACAGUGUUCCUGCUCCAUGGCUUCAAAUCCAGCUUCUCAGAAUUCUCUCCCUACUUGGGAAAAGUGACCAGAGCACAAGUGAGGUCAUGUAUGAAAUCCUGGAUGAGUCUUUACGGAGAGCAGAGAUGAAUCACAACAUCACCUAUGCUAUUUUAUACGAGUGUGUAAAAUGCAUUUACACAAUUCAUCCUAAAUCUGAGCUUUUGGAAAAAGCUGCGAAGGUCAUCGGCAAUUUUGUUCUGUCACAGAGGAUAAAUCUAAAGUAUCUGGGCCUGAAGGCUCUCACCUAUGUGGUCCAUCAGGAUCCCAGACUGGCCUUGCAGCAUCAGAUGACCAUUAUCGAGUGUCUCGAUCACCCCGAUGUCAUCAUAAAGCGAGAGACGCUGGAGCUACUCUUUCGGAUAACUAACGACCAGAAUGUAACAGUAAUCGUAGAGAAGAUGCUGGACUUUAUGAGCAUCAAUAAGGAGGAUCACACCACCGCAGACCUUGUGGGGAAAGUGGCAGAACUGGCAGAAAAAUAUGCACCAGACAACGAGUGGUUUGUUGAGACCAUGAACACGGUGUUCUCUGUAGGCGGAGACACGUUGCAGCCCGACAUCCCAAACAGUUUCCUUAAACUGCUCUCAGAAGGAUUUGAUGAUGAGGAGGAGAACAAGAAGUUGAGGCUGUUUGCGGUGAACUCCUACAUUUCUCUGCUUCAGGGAGAGCCCAGCAAGCUGCCCCAGCGCUUCCUCCAGGCCAUCUGCUGGGUUCUUGGAGAAUAUUCUCAUUUACGGGAGGAUGUUGAGCCCGAUCUGGUCUUGAGGCUGUUGGUUAAACUGUUGAAUAUAAAGAGCACCAGCAGUGAGACUAAAAGCUGGAUCCUCAUGGCGAUGACCAAACUCUGCUCGGGUGGAGCACCUCUUUCCGUGCCUCUGGAGGUUUCUGAAACAUACAGCAGUUCCAUGGACACAAUGCUGCGACAAAGAGCUCAGGAGCUGCAGUACCUCAGCCAAAACCCUGAGCUACAGGCCAGGGUGCUACCUCGGGGUGUCAGCCAGGAGCCCAUGGAGGUAGAUUCAUCGCUGUCGUUUCUGGAUGGAUUUGUGUCAGAAGCGCUAGCUGCAGGCGCCGCUCCCUAUAAGCCUCCCCAUCAAAGACAGGAGGAACUGUCCCGAUCCAAAGCACUGAGUUUGGAGCCCUAUGGCCUGUCCCUGCCUAUCAGCAUGUCCUCUUGCAGCAUCGCAGACAGACAGUCCCCUACGCUGCUGUCCGUGAGCUCUGGUCUGUCAGGCGACCGCACGGAUCACUCACACAAAGGCGGCUCCACAACCUUGAAGCUGGAUGGAGUGAGGAGGGUCUGGGGGAAAGAAGGUUAUCUGGCUCAGAGAGAAUCUGCAGAGGAAACUGCUCCGGUCGAGGCUCCCAGUCCGCUCCAGCCUCUCGUUCAGCAGGGUGACGGCGACGCCUCCUACAGCCAGACUCCUACACCAAUCCCCGAAUGUGAACAGGAAAAACAGCAGCUGGCAUCCUCACUGUUCGUUGGCCUGGCCUCCCAGAGCUCCGUGUGUCUGAUGGGAAAAUCUGAGCAAACAUCUCAACGAUUCAGAAGAAAACUCAAAGAUCCAGCUGCAUCAUUCCCCUCCAGCACGCAGAACCCACUGGUUUCUCCUCCCAGUAGUGUGGGUCACCUGCUGCUGGACUCCAGCAUUUCCUCAGAUCUAAUUUCUUCACCUGAACAGACUCAUCUAAGCUCUGUUGACCUCACUGUUGCUAAUGGAGAAGUAGAGUUACCUGACAGAGACAUGAAGGGAAUAAAAAGUACUCUACUUAGAGAAGACUCCGCAUUAGCAGCCGGUUCUUCUCCACACGAAGAGCUAGACAGACCUAAAGACUCGUGUCUCACUUCACAUCUUCCAGCAGAACUUUCUGGACUCCCUCACUCAGAAAUCACUCCCCUAUGCACCAGCCCAAGCCUGGAUCUGUCUUCCUGUCAUGUUCAAAAAGACGAUUCUUUAGUGCUUCUCGUCUUCAUGAAGAGCUCGUCUGAUUAUGACAUACAGCAGAUUCAAGUUCAAGUCACCUGUGAGGAACUUGAGGUGUCCUGUGUGUGUGACAGUCCAGUAGAGGAGUUAAAAAGCCACGGCGUAGUGGUGUGUCAGUAUUUUCUAACGGUGAAGAGUCCCUCGGUUUACUUUGUGCUGUCUGGGAUGAUGUCGCACCAGAUUCCUGAUAAUUCGCUUCAGGAAACACAAUUCUCACACAGAAUUCCUUUAACCAGCUUCCUCAGACCUUUGAGACUUUCCACUGAGGAGUACGGGACAAUGUGGCUGGCCUUUUCACACGACACCAAGCAGAAUCUGCCGCUGAUGAUGGACGCGGAGGAGCCGCUCACCGCUACGCUGAAGGUGCUGAAGGACAAGCUUCAGCUUCAUGUUGUAGAGAUUAUAGGAAACGAAGGGAUUGUAGCUUGCUGCCUCAGACAGGAUCAGCCGUGCCUCCUGCACUGUCGCGUUCACGCUGGCAUGCUGGCGGUGUGGCUGCGCUCCCCCAUCCCCGAGUUGCCCGACUGCCUCCUCUACCACUGUCAGAGAGCGCUACAGGAGAGCUGAGCAGAGAUUUCACUUUUUUAUUUUACAGAUCAUGGGUUUCUUUGAUGAAUUACAAACAAUUUAAAAAAGCUUUGAAAGCCGUGGCAGGUAAAUAAACUCAGGGCUGAAACCUGGUUUGUUUUAAAACAACACUAAGGUCUUAAAUGCAGAUAGAAGUCCAGAAUAUCUUGUCAUACUUUAAUAAUGACCUUAAAUUAGCACCAUUGUAUUUAUUCUGACUUAUAAAGGAUUAAUAAACAAUUAACUUCUUUUUUCCCAUUUUCCAGAUCUACAAAUUGUAAAAAGAUAAAUUGUCCUAAUUUCUAAUCUACAUUCUGUGUCUAGAACAAUCAGGGAUUAAAAACUCUAGAGGUUUGUUAAAAAGUCAAUUUUAUUGUUUAUGUGCCAGUGGAGUAAUUUAAUGUUACACAGACAUGUUUCAUUCAUCUUAGUUGAGACGUGACAUUAUUGCUCUGAUCUACUUUCAAUUACUGUCUGAACUUCUUAAAAUUUUAAGACAGAAAAAAAAAACCAUUGUUUUUUUAUUUUUUGCUCACUAUGUGGAAAAUCACAGGAAUGUUGUCUUUACAGGAAAAUCUUGGUAGAAAGCUGAACGUCAGUGCUGAUAUUUAUAUGUAUGUGUUUACAUUUGUUAUUGCCUAAAGAUUUAACACCUCCUUAUUUCUGCUGGGCAUCUGUGGUAAAGGAUUUUUGUCCUAAUCACAGUAAUGUUUAUCUUAUUGAUCCUUUACAGAUGUUGCCUUUUAUCUAAUUAAACCGUCUAUGCACUUAUGGUUAUGUUAAAUAUGACUAACAUUUCACUUCAAGUAUGAAUUCCAUCUAUUCAGUAUUAAAACAUUUAUUUAUAUCCUCAUUUUUGUCAUAUUUUCACUAAGACAGGAGAAAUCUGUCUGAUUUUUGUCUCAUGUCAUACUCGUGCACUGACUUUAAAGCAUGGUGCGAGGCUGCUUAGAUGAACCCUUUUGCCUUACGUUGUGAUGCCAAGGCGGCAUGUUUGAUUUGUGCCUGUGGCACAGAGUUCUUGUUUCUCAGAGUGCCUCUCACUACAUUCUAGUAAAUUAUAAAUAAAUUCAGCUCAUGUGAAAAGA